GACGUGACGCGCAUUCUUCCUUCACCGAGCAACCUGUGAAUUAGGCACCUCUCAUCUCUUUCCACCCCUCGUCCUCCUUCACUUUCGGUACUACCUAUGGUUUGGUGUCUAAUGAGCACCAUAUGCCAUUGACAGUACAAUGGAGCCUCAGUCCGAAACAGCGAGCGGCGAGCAUUCGCCCAAAAGCAAGCUACAAGACGAAGAAGAGUCGCCGGUACCUGAGGUGCCAGAGGUGCCAGAGGCUGGGCCCCAAGCAAACGGAAUCAAAGUUGCCGACAAGACACCGGAGCUAGAUAAUGUCGCGAGUGGCAGAAGCUCCAAAACACCCGAUUCACCUGACUUGCCUGCCGUCUUUGACUGGGACGACUUUGAGAAGCGCUACGAAGACGCACUUGAGCAAGCAGACGCACGAGAGAAGGGGAUUCUGAAAGAAGCAGAGGAGCUGUCUAGAUAUUUUCAAGCGUGGGCCUCCGCGGCGUCUUCACACGACGACGAACGCGCAGUGAAGAGACUACAGACACGCAGACGCUACGUCAACUUGUCUGAAACUGCAAUGGAGCGUAAACAAGACCACUAUGAGCAGGUUGUCAAAGCGUUCGAAAGCGCGCUGGCACUUCUGAGGAAUUGAUUCACUCCACCCAACGCUCGCCGCAGCACUGUUCAGAUCACCACAGUACCGCUCAAUAAUGCCGGGGCAUCUUUUUCCUUGGUGUCAAAAAGAACUUGUUUGUAUUUUGAGGGAAACUAAAGU